ACCCACUUACUCCACAACGGGCGACCUUCCAUCAUCGAGCCUUGCUCAAAUGUAUUCCACGUCGACAAAGCGACAUCAGCACAUGCAGAUUCUCAUGAAAGCAUAAAAGAAUUCCGUAGGAAAGAGAAGGAAACAAGGAAAGUUCGAGGAUGGACUUGCCAGAAAGGUGUUUGAACGUACAGAACUUGACAACAGACCACGGUACUCUGUCCAAGAUCGAACGUUUAUCAAAAUGAUGGAUACAGGCAUGAAAAAAAAACGAAACAGGAAGCUGGAUAGCUCCUCUCUCAUUCCCCAAUGAAGUGACACACCUACCAAACAGUCGUGAGAAAGCCUUCAAACGCCUAAACUCCACAAGAAAAACGCUCGAUCGUAAACCAGAUUUACAAAACAAGUGUAACUCCAAAGAUCGAUAACAUUCUUAUAUUUAUCAACGUUUCGACUAUAUUUCAGUCAUCAUCAGGAUAAACUAGCUACAAUCAUAGACAAAACUCACGCGGACAACUUGGUCUAAAUUGAGUUUGUCACCUUAGCUGCGAGGCAUGAUUUAUUAGAAGAUGUAAAUAACUCUUAACCCUCGUCCCCCCAGUUUCUCCUAAUGAAUUAAUUAAAUAUGAUUAGUUCUUUAGAAACCUUAAUUCCAUGAUUAAGUUCAGGUUUAUAUCUUUGAAUAGCGAGGGAUUCUUGAUACAGCAAAAGGAACCAAUGGUUAUAUUUAUCAAUUACUUUAUAGUAUUGUGGAAAACAUGUUCAGCCAUUAUACUGGUUUGAUUAGACUUUGCGUCAUGAUCAUGACGAUGAUGCGUCGGGAUAUAGUUCUAAAAGGGCUUUAAUAUGUUGAAACUGAUCGCAAGUAGAAAGGUGUUGAUGGAUUACAGAUUAUGUGUGAUAUGAAUGUUCCUUAGUUCUGGUGUAUAAGCAGCGGUCAGUUUUGCCGAUGUACCUACAAAUGCUACUAUUACAUCCAGGGCAAGUAAAUUCAUAGGCAACAGAGCUUUUUGUAAGGACAAUCCACAUUGAGUUAAUCGAGUCUUUGGACACCUUUAGCUUCAUCAACGCCCUACGCAGAUUUUUAGCACUAAGAGAUCCAGUAGCUCAGCUUCGUUGAGACUGCGGUACUUCGUUGGGGCGCGGAAUGAGUUGGAAGCAGCGAUGAACGAGAUGGAUAAAAAAGAUAUCGAAGCCUACCUAGUUCGCGAAGGUUGCGAAUGGAUCCAACGUUUUCUGGUCUCGUUGGCGGAAAGAAUUCUUACCCAGGUUACAGCCAGGACGAAAAUGGCAAUGAGAGCAACCCAAUUUACAAGAAGGAGAUCUGGUUCUGCUCCGGAGCAAGGAAGUGGCGAGAAACAUGUUGCCCCUCGCCCGUGUAACUAA